UUCUUCACGAAAUCGCUCCGCGAAAUCUGCGUAAAAACUGAGAAAAUCUCGAGUUUUUGGAACAUUUUGAUCAAGAAAAAGGUGCUACGAGUGAAUUCACGUCGUUUCCCAACUCCCGCCGUUGUUUCAGCAACAAAAUGGAUUGCCCACCAAAGAAGACGUACAAAAAGCUGGAUCCUGAACAAUCGCUGAAACUUAUUGAACAAGUAAAGAAGUAUCCAUGUUUAUGGUGUAAGAUGACUAAAGAUUUCAAGAAUAUGAGAAAACAAGCGGUGGCCUGGAAUAAAAUAGCGGACGAGCUCAACAUCAGCCUGGCAGACGCGAAACACUGCUGGAAGUCCCUCCAGGCCAGCUUUCGAGUGUACAAAGCAAAAGUGAGGAAUAGUGUAACAACGGGGUCAGGAAAAGACCACAUUUAUACACCGCGCUGGUUUGCGUACCAAUCUAUGAUGUUUCUCUGCGAAUCCGCGGAUGCAGUCAAGACAAACGACACAGUUUUCGGGAAAAUGAGCAACUGUUGUCGCUUUUGCAUGAGCCAGGACUGCGAAAACCUCAUGCUACUAUCCAGUGCCUUCGAAGGCCUUUCCUUUUCCAUUCUAGAUGUACAACAAGCAACCGGAAUUUCGAUUUCCGACAGUGAAAUCACAUACCUUGCCGUUUGUGCAAAAUGCGUUAUUCGCAUUGAAAUCGCGGUGGGUUUUCGUCGUUCCUGCAUAAACGAAAACGUUAAAUUUAUGCAACUUUUUGGUCACAUCAUCUACAAGCUUCGUUUAUCCAACAACGCGGAAGCGAAUGUGAAGCAUGAAGAAUACAUAGAGGACGAUUCUUUACAAUCGUCCAACAACGCGGAAGCGAAUGUGAAGCAUGAAGAAUACAUAGAGGACGAUUCUUUACAAAAGGAAAUGGUUCUAGAAAAAGAACCGAGCGAUGAACAAUCCUUGGAGGCACACGAUGAGCCGGCUUUUCUACCUGAACCCGAUUCCGGAUCCACGUUAGCCGGAACCGCAUCGAAUCGAAAAAAGGCUCAAACAAAAGAACGGAUUGGGGACAGCGAAGAAGACAAACCAAACAAUCCUAACAAACGAAGAAAAUCAAAUGGACACAGAAAACUAUUAUGCGGAAUUUGCGGUGUACUAGUAUACAAUCUGCCCGAUCACACCCGAUCCCAUACUAAGGAAAAUCUCCAUAAAUGCCCGCAUUGUCCGGUACAGAUGGCUCAUUCCAAUAACCUGUGGGCGCAUGUGCGUGCAGUACACGAGAAAGUGAUAGUCAAAUCUUGUGAACCGUGCGGCAAAGGAUUCUUCACACACCUCUCCUACAAAUCGCAUUUGCGUACGUACCACAAUAUCGGUGCGCAGUACCAGUGUGAAAUAUGUCUCAAAAUGUUUAGGCACCCUUCGAGCCGCCGAGCACAUAUACAGCGAAUGCACAAAGGACAAGAAGGGAAACAUGAAUGCCAGAUUUGCCAGAAAAAGUUCCUAGACAGGGGCCGUCUAAACAGACACGAAACGGUACACACUGGCAAUACUCCCUACGCGUGUAUCCACUGUCCAAAGCGAUUCAAAUCUGCAUUCGCGAAAAAAACGCAUGAAUUAACACACAGUGGCAUCGAAUUCGCAUGUACACUCUGCACUAAGGUGUACCGAUAUAAGAGCCAACUCAGCAUGCAUUUCCGAAAAUGUCAUCCAGCGUAGUGUAAUGACGAACCAGCUUAGCAAAUAGUCACAAAUGCCGGCCAAUAGUAUCGAAAUGAUCGAUAUAUUACCCUGAUUGAUACACUGAUACUUAUGGCGACCGAUUCAACUACAGCUCACCUGUUUCGAAUAUCUGAACCCAGAGUUUCAAGUUCCGUUCCUCAUCGUAUAAAAUCGGAAGUGUAUCAA